AUGACUUCUGGAAGAACCGACCGUCGUCAAGCUCGCCGUGAAGUCUUUGAAGUUUUCGGCAUUAACACUACCGUUCAUCAUGGUGUAGAUGAGAUCACAGUGAAACUAGAGGACAAACUACAUCAACUAGAACAGGCUCACAACGACAGCCAUUGUCAUAUGGACAUGGAGUGUGGCAUGAAUUGUCGGAUUUGCGAGGUAAGAGGUGUUUUCAAGUCAAAAAUUUUCAAUUUUGAAAAUUUUUGAAAAAAAUCAACAGGGAAAACCAAGCUCAAUUUUUUGGAAAAAACAAUUUAUGGGAGGGGGAGUGCUGAAAACAAUUUAAAACCUUUAAAAAAAGGUCAGAAAAGGUUAUUUUUCCUUACUUUAAAAAUUUUUAUAGGGCGGGGUAAAUUUUUUUUGGAGGGGUGUUUUUUAAAAAUUUAUGUAAAGCUUUAUUUUUAAGCUUAUAGCACCUUUUAUCAUUACAACAAGUUUGACUUUUGGUCUUAAUCUCUCAAAAAACGACCAAUGCCCUCCAAACCUCUUAUUCAAAGCCCUACAGUAAAAACCAAAUUCCUUCGAAACGCUUUAUUAAAAUUGAAUUUUUCGAAAUUUUUUGGAGAAUUAGUGAGACGUGCAAAAGCAAUUUUUAUGCCCGAUUUUGUCGCGAGAAACCCGGUUUAUGCCAGCCAGUACGAGGAUUAUAAUUAAGCUUGUAUAGGGCUUGAAAAAAGGGUUUAUCGAGGGUAGGGGUCUUGAGAGAAGGUUUAUAUUGAGGACAAUCAAAACAUGUUUAUUAGGCGGUGAUAGGCCGUGCUAAGAUGGGUACGGGGCUUCUUGAGGCUAUAGUUUAGACUGAGUUUGGUGGUGAAGAAGAAUGGGGAAGGGUAUAUUUCAAAUUUUUUUUUAAAAAAAGUUGAACUUGGUCCCCCCUGUUCAUACAAAAAAUUUUUUUACUCAAUUUUUAAAAAAUUGACCAAUAUUAACCAGCACCUCUUUUCAGGCUCAAUCCACGCUGAUUUCCCAGAUCCGUAGCUUGCUACAAGAAUUAUUACGAUCUCAAGUAUCAGCCACUGAAUUGUCAUCUCUACCUCCAAAACACUUGAACUUCUGCCGUUCUUUAUUGACUCAACCUUCACCCAAAACUUCAUCUACAGUCAAGCCGAGAAAGCUGUCGAAGCCUGACAUUCAGACUCAUGAGCUGCUUUACAUUAUGUAA